GAUGUUUGAGUCGACUGCUCGUAUACAGUCGCGAUAGUAAACAAACUUGCCAGUCAUUUACUAGUUAUUUAAUUAUCGACGGAUAGCGAGUUGAGAUUAGAACAUGUUAUAUAUAGGAAGGUUAGCAUAGUUCAUUGUCAAAGUGAAAAGUAUCUAGGAGUCACGACUGCUGCCUUAUCUCUGAUCUUCUCACGCUUUCGUUUGCACCCACGUCUGAAGCAGAUUUUUAUGCAACAAUAUGUUUCGCUCUUGGUUCAACAGAUAUUCGUCUUUUCCAUCGAUCGCCAACUAUCGCGUACAUCGAGGAGACGUCUUUAAUCCGGGAAAGUCGCUAAUCGAUCGUUGUCGAAACGAGAAACGAUUUAAUCACAAUCAGCAACAAAGUCUGGCCCGGAUAGCCCGCGGAGGGGACCUACCGUUAAGGGAAGAAACCAUCGGAAAAUUAUUGGGAACAGCAGCGGAAAGGUGGCCGGAUCAAGAAUGCGUGGUUUCCGUCCAUCAAAAUAUACGCCUGACGUUCUCAGAGUGUUUACGUCGCGCCGAUCGUUUGGCAGCGGGAUUGAUCAAAUUGGGGAUGAGACCCGGCGAUCGUAUAGGAAUAUGGGGUCCGAACGACGUCGAAUGGUUGUUGGGCUUCCUUUGCGCCGCCAGAGCGGGCUUAAUCCUAGUCGCGCUCAAUCCGACGUACCAGAUGAAUGAGAUCAGCUACUGUUUACAAAAGGUUGGCGUGAAAGCUGUAAUAGCUCCCGCCAGUUUCAAGGUGCAAGACUAUCCACGCAUGCUGUUGGAGGCGCGACGAACGUGUCCCACAUUGGAGCACAUAAUUAUCUAUUCGAAGGAUCACGUGACGGGAACUCAUCGUUUUUGCGACGUGGAGGAACUCGCGUCGAGAAUCGAGGUGGAGAGGAUCGCAGCCCAGCAAGACGAGAUAUCCUGCUACGAGGGUACCGACAUACAAUUCACCUCGGGAACCACAGGGAAGCCGAAGGCCGCGUUGCUGUCGCAUUGGUCCCUCGUGAAUAACACGAUGCUGGCUACGAAAAGAUCGGAAUUCGGCGUCGGGCACAAGGUUUGCCUAAACGUACCGUUCUUUCACGCGUUUGGCAUAGCUAAAGGUUUGCUUUCCUCGUUGAACGCCGGCAUCACUCUGGUGCUACAAGGACGCUCGUUCAAUCCCGUGCAGUCGUUGCAGGCGAUAGUUCAAGAAAAGUGCAACGUCGUUUACGGGACGCCAACGAUGUGGAUCAAUAUGCUGGACGCUCAUCAACGACUUCAACCUCCGCCGAUAACUCUGUUCGCUGGCGUCACCGGUGGUUCACCUGCGUCACCGGAGCUCUUUCGAAAAAUAAAGGACCGCUUUCGUUUCGAUAAUAUGAAGACGAUAUACGGGUUGACGGAGACAUCGGCGGUGAUUUUCCAAUCGUUGCCCAACGAGGACCACCAUUUGACGGAGAACACCGUUGGACAUCUGGCGGAUCACGUCGAAGCAAUGGUGGUGGAUGAGAAUGGAUCACCCGUACAAUUUGGUUCUCCAGGAGAGCUUUGGAUACGUAGCUACUGCAACAUGAAGGGUUACUGGCAGGACGAAGAGAACACACGAAAAACCUUGACCGAAGAUGGUUGGCUAAAAACCGGUGAUCAAUUCGUGUUGGAAUCAAAUGGGUACGGACGGAUAGUCGGGAGGCUGAAGGAGAUGCUGAUACGAGGCGGAGAGAAUAUUUUCCCUAAGGAGAUUGAGGACUUAUUGAUGACGCAUCCUCUGAUCCUGGAGGCGCAAGUUAUAGGUGCUUACGAUAGCGUCUACGGCGAGGAAGUGUGCGCAUGCGUGCGCCUCCAAGCAGGCGCCAGUCUCACCAAGGAACAAUUGCGGGAGUACUGCAAGGGACGAAUCGCGCCUUUUAAAAUACCUCGUUACGUGGUGAUCGUUGAUGAGUAUCCGAAGACAGCCAGCGGGAAAGUACAGAAGUAUGUAAUGAAGAAAGAAUUGGAAGAAAAGGGGAUAAUUCCUACGACACCCAGUCACGAUGCUUCUAGUUUAAAUAUACCGAUUAGGAGCUAAUCUUAGAAGCAUAAAACGUUGCUGUGUAUAGGACAAGAUAAACUCUGUCUAGUCGAUUUUCGCAAACGUAUGUAAGCGAUACCGACUUAAACAUAUGGUUCUUCUACAUAUAUUUUUUCUUUUUGUUAUUGAUACUGUUAUCGCAGAGGUGAAGAUAAAAUGGUCGACGCGAGCAUAUAAAGGUAUCGUGAAGAUACGUUCGGUUGUAACAGAUGGCGCCACGUGUUCAAGCCAUCUCCUGUGUGUUUGGCAAGGUAGAAAACUAUUCCAAACGAAUCAGUGAUGCACAAACAUAAAUAUCGAAACAAUAUUUUAUUUCCAAUUUUUACAGUGUAUUACACGAUUUCGUUUACUUCUUUUAUAAAAGCUUCUUGAAGACCGGUUUGUAGGUCACGGCGGAAGGUAACGUGACACCCAGGAUCCCUUGUUCGGAUUCGCAUUUUCGAAGAUAGCACGUGUCAGUCUUGUUGUUUUUUACUUUUACGCAAAGCCUCGUGCCCGCCAACUGUCGUGCUGACGAAAAACGUUGAUCGAUGAUCGAUGACACCGUCGUCGUAACCAGGAAGCGAAGUAUAAUGACGCGUAUAACGCGGAGAAAGGAUGGAAGCCGUGGAACGGUACGAUAGGAAGCUGAAACUGGUAAAAUGGGCAUCGUGGAGAAGACAGAGGGGAGAUAAAGAGGAGAAGAAAGAAGCCAUCGAAAUCGUUGGAUUCGGGAGGGGCACGUGUUUCAGGUGGCGUCUAAUUGAGGAUGGAUGCCUCGGGCGACGAGUCGUCGCUUCUUCAAGACUGGAAGACUUGGAAGAGGCGUGCAUUACCGCGGCAGAUGGUGGUCGUGAUUGCAGCUGCUCCGCACACGAACACCUGCCGUUUUCUCCCCCGUCUAUCGGGAUGGACGAAAUCACUGUCCAGCCUCCUCCACCUUUUCCUUCACGCUCUUUCUUCGGUUCCAUCGUCUCCUCGUACUUACUUCGUCCAUUCGUAUUCUGCCAACGAAAGAAUCCCAACUGCCCGACUGCAAUAUCAAAAGGUUUUUAUAACUUAAUAAGAUUACAGAUUUUUAAUAAUAA